AUGUCAAAAUUGUUUGAUAAACAAAUAUGUCGAGCUCUAGCAGCAACACAGAAUCGAGUGACUAGUUGUUCUAGUGAUGAUGGUAUCUUUGAUGUGGAUCACUUUCUGAAUGAUAUAAAUGUGUUUCUUGGUGAAAAUAGAAGCGAUAGUGAAGAUAGUGUUCAACGUCAAGAAGUUAGAAGAAGCAUACGUGAUAGAAUGCAACCUUUCUACAAGAAACGCAAAGACAUUCUUGAAUAUUUCGAUGAUGAAAAAAUACGAAGAACAUUUAGAUUUGACAGCGCUUCCAUUAAAUUUAUUACAGGAACUUUCCAAACGGUUGUUGGCAAUGUAUUGAAAGUUAGCCAGGCUUCUAUUUCAAGAUGUCUAAAACAUGAUUUUCAGAAUAUUGCUAGAAUGCAUGGUGUUGUUGGGGUUAUAGUAGCAUGUUGUGUUCUCCACAACAUAGCUCUUGAUCGUAACCAGUAUUUGUAUGAAGACGAAAUGGAGGAUUUAUCCGACGAUGACAACGACGAUUCUCCUGAUAGGCGUAAUGAAAAUAUGUCUAAUUCCCUUAUUCGUCUCCUAGGUUUUGCCAAGAGGAUCAGAAUAACGAAUAAUUCAUUUUAA